GCUGGGCGCAGACGAGACGAACGAAUGGCUUCCAGUGUGCGUCGGCCUUGGUCUGGGGUGACCAACACCUUCUAGUGCGGCACGCCGCUCCUGGGCCGCCCCAAUUCAUCGACGUCGGAUUCGCCCUACGCGUUGCUGGAGCCGCUGGAGGCUUCGGGCCAGCAAGCCCUACUCUUCCAAACCGACGACGACGACGUUGAUCAUGUCUUCCGAGCACGACUAUGCCGCGCCGCCGUCUCUGCCUCUGCCUCCACCACCACGUCCUCGACCACCACCUGCGCCGCUGGGGCUCCAGGCACCGCAAACCUCUCCCCUCAGGCGCGCCUUUGCUGUGCAACCUGUGCUCAUCACGACCGCCCUCGCGCCGCCGCACCCAACGUCGUACCUGCAUGGCUCGUUGCACACACCCGCAACCGCAACGUCCUUAAGUGUGCCCUUCUCGCCGCUCGCCGCCCACUCGCCCUCUCCAUAUGCUCCUUCCCCCGUGGCAGCCUCCCCCAUGGCCAUGAGGAACGCGUCUUCUGUUCCGUACAACCCGCAGCAAUGGACUCGCGGUGCGCCCGUGAGCGGGCACCAGGUCCAGCAUACCCAAACGUCUGUCCCGGCUCGUCUCCAGGACCUCACGGGAAUGGAAGCGUCGAUGCCGUCUCCACCUCCUCCAUACUCGCCAGGGCAGAAUCCCAACAUGUCACAGACACUCAGCUCGUCGCCUCAUCUGUCUAGCAAUGUGUUUCCUCAACAUCCCCCGCCGCCCCCACCGCCAACCAGCACACCGUCUUCCGCGCGACCCCUAUCAGGCUUCCAAAGCCGGCCGGGCUCCCUAGUAAUACCGCAGAGCGCAACCAGCGUAACGUCAAACCCACAGUUUCCACCUCCACCCUCAAGAAACGGGCCAGGCCGGUCGGCGUCGCGUGACAAGCUGUCCUCCAAAUUCAGUCUCUCGUCAUUUAGGAACCGGAACAGUGAACAUAGUCCUGCACCAAGUGCCAUAGAGUCUCUGCACAUCAACACAUCUGACGCGAUCCAGCGCGCGCCCGUUUCUCCUGGGCUGGUUGCGCAGCGAGCUUCUUCGCAUUACAUGCCAAAUGCCUUCGCAGAGAGGCGGUACAGUCCCGACAAUCAAUCCCCUAUCAGAGCGCCCGCUUCUCGACGAGCAGCAUCUGCCGGUGUGUCGGGCUAUGAGACUCGAACGCCGAUUGACGGAUCCCCCAUUGUAGCGCCAGGAAGUUGGAAUCGAAGUGUACCCUUGCCUCCACCUCCCCCUGGUCCACCACCGAGCAACUCAAGAUCGCAGAGUGUGGGGCCUGGGGCAGAUUCGUCUCGCGUACCAAAUCUUCCCUCUGCUCCUCCAACACGAAGACCAGGGCAGACUACGCUAACGCCUAUCCCACCUACGCCUUUGGGCUGGCAAGAGGAGCAUUCGAGUACGCGAGCAAGAUCACCAGCAGCUCAUGGCCUGCACAUUGAUACACGAACACAACAGGUUCGCCCGCUUGAACACCAUGUUCCAUCGUCAGAGAGCGGAAGUGUGUCAAUCUCAUCGGGACCGACCACUACAUCGCAUUCUAACAGCACCCUUUAUCGUACUCCACUAAAACGCGAAUCGAGUGUCCGAGGCAUCCGCGAGCGAAGAAGCGAGAGUCGUGCUGCGCGUGAACGCCCCGAACCUAGCAACAAUCCAUGGGCGCAGGACCUGGAAACGGAAUCGACAGUACCAGCUAACCUCGACUUGUGUACGCCUGAUGGUGGGUUGACCCGUCGUGGUGCAGUGACCAAAGGCACUCCGCGAAGCGGUGGCGGUAUUCGUUCACCAAGAAGUGGGCAUCUUUUCGAUGACCCUGGGUCAUCAAACUCUACUCCCCGUAUGGACGCUUACCAGAAGGCUGCACCUAUCACGGCUCCCACGCCGCCUUUCUCGCCAGGUAUGGAUAUUCUCAGUCGUUCUGCUCAGAAAGCUGCAAUACCAAUUCCCUCCAAAGCACUGCCUACUCCUCCGCUACGCUCCUACGGCGACGAACAUGACUCAGACCUGACCGUUCAAUCAGGUGCUGCGAACGGGUCCGCCUCAAAAACAUCCAAUGUCUCGAACACUAGAGUGGAAGACUCGACAGUGAGCACACCAAGACCAACAGGUCGCGACGCCUUUGCCCAAGCAUCAAUAGAGCGUCACCGACAGUUUAUAGAUAAAGAGAUGGCUGCCGAAAGCGAUCAAGACAGGCUGGAUUUAUUUGCUGAAUUCAUCGUUAUCGAGUCUAGGCUUCGUCGUGAUCGCUACUCUGCAGCCUUCGACGCAAUGGCGGGAGAUAUGAUGGAUUUGACAAGGGACCUAUGGCGUUCCUACGGCACCACCGGGCGGCGAUCUGCAACCCCGAAUACUCAGGGUGCUCCCGCACUGUUUAGUAGUGCGAGAUCACAAGCCUCUGUAGCAGGCGAUUCUCCUGAUACAAGAUUCUCCAACUCGAUCCCUACAACAGCUGCUAGCCCCGCGUCCUCCAUGGGGAAUUUUACCCCACGUACCGAACCGGCAUCUCCAUCCAGCGCAUCGAGUCAAAAGGCUCGCGAUGUGUCCUGGAACAAUAACUAUCACCCUUCGCUAUCGCCCAUCCCCAGCAUGGCUAUGAGCACCGUCGCGGAUGAGGAAGAUUCAAGAGGUCGGUCGGCAAGCCGCUGGUGGGAAAGUGAUGGUGGAUCUUCAGGAGUUGGCGGUGGCAGGAGGCUUGAGAGGAGUAAGCGAGAGUCAAAAUACAUGAGCUUACCGAAAGAAGCUCGUGAAAGCCUGCAGUGGACCGGAGAAGAUCUACAUACACCGCGAGCAAGAGCAGGGUCAAGUAGUCAACAGGUAUACGGACCAAAUGAGUAUCCUCCGGAGAAGGUCGGUCUGCAUGAGAACACUGCUCAACCGCCCCAGCCGUCUCACGGCUACCAUCCACAGUCCGCCACGGCAACACCAGACCCCCACAAGCUAGAUGUGUCGAGGCUGGUGACCCUUCCUCCCUCGUACCCGCGUCAUCACCCCGCGGUGAAUAAUAAUCAUCCCGACUUGGCAUCCAUACGUAGUAGUUUGCGGACACUGUCAGAUCUAGAGGAUGUCAAAAAUACCAAAGCCAACUUCACAGUAAAAGUGCAGGCGCGAAAAGAGCAGGAAAGCGCAUCGCUCUCUGACCGACGAGCACAGCUUAGAUACAACAUCCAGGACAAUGUACGAAAUGGCGUAAUGAGUUUUGCAGCUGCUGCUCAAGCGGAAGCCGAGUUUGAAGAGCGCGAACAUCAACACGCCCAAGAGGUGGUUCAGUACGUAUUCGACACUUUCCAGACAGAGGUCGCCAAUCCGCUCCAUGCUAUGUUCUGCGAACGCAUCACCAGGGCUACGGCAUCAAUGGAGCACCUCAAAGGGCGAUUGUCCAGUGAAGCGCAAAAGCCCAGCCCAAAUCAAACACAGGAGGAGGGGGACGAGAAUCCAGAGCUCCUGGAAAUGCUUACGUUACUAAAGUGGUUGUUUGAGGCCCGCGAGCAGUUGCACAAGGAAAUGUUCGAGCUGGAAAACGAACGCAACGACCUCUACCGAGAUAUUAUCGUCUUACCUUACGUGCAAGCAAAGAAUGAGCAGAAAAUCAAGGAAGCGACUAGUUUUUUCCAGCGCGACGCACAAGAUCGCAAGGUCACGUUUGAGAAGGAGAUUCUCAAACGCUACGAGGAUGUCAUGACGGUAAUUGAACAGAAUGUUACCCGAGGUGUUGAGGCACAACUGUCAGCCUUCUGGGAUAUCGCUCCUGGACUACUCGCAAUCGUGCAACGGGUCCCCCAGCGGUUGUACGGUUUCGACGUCUUGGUUCCAUCGCAAGAAUAUAGCGAAAAUCCAGCAUAUCGCGACUUUCCAUUACAGUACCUUUACACCCUUCUCGCGCACGCUGGUCGGUCCGCAUAUCAGUUCAUUGAAUCACAAACAAACUUGUUUUGUCUGCUGCAUGAGGUCAAAACAGGGGUGAUGACAGCAGGCUCACGGCUGCUUGAGACGCAGAGGCUUCUAGAGGGCGAGGACUUGGCAAGCGUAGAUGAAGAGAUGAAGGCCAUACGGGCAGACGAGGAACGACGUUUGACAGACGAUUUGAAGGAGAAGGUCGGGCUAGUGGAGAGCCAGUGGAACGAAGCUCUCGGCAAAGGCCUGGAAGAGUGCAAAACUAGAGUUGAAGACUUCCUCACCGAACAAGGCGGUUGGGACGAUAGUCUUUGGGACUAGAAUUGGAGUAUAUGGAGCGCCUGGACAUGGUUGCAUAGCUGGCAUCUCUCGCAUUUACGCACCGAUACCCGUUUGAGAUUUUAUUAUAGUAGGGGGGCUGGGGAGGGCCAUCGUUAGGCCUAAAAUUGGUUGGUAUAUAUUGCAUGUGCACAACGAAAGCUGUUAUAAUAUUCGCCUAUGCAUGUGAUCUAAGGGCAUGUGACGAGGCCCGGUCCCCAGCGUUGCAAUGGAUGCGCUUGUGUUGGCCUACGAAAACAGCUGGAGCGAACAAACACGGCCAGGGUGUGUCUAUCGCCUUCCAUGAAACAUAUUGCGCCUGCC